CGGUUCAGAUCCGAGCUCUCCUUAUCUUUUCAGAAGAAAGAAGAAGAAGAAGAAGAAGAAGAGAUCUUUCACUGUCUUCUCCCUUCUCGUUUGCUGCCUUCAGAGAGAUUCGGAUCAGUUUCAAUCUAAAAAGGUGUUAGUUAAGUUUCUCAACUAACCAUGGAUCAAGCAGAACUGUCUAUGGAGCAGGUGUUGAAAAGGGAUAUUCCAUGGGAGACUUACAUGACGACGAAGCUCAUUUCAGCUACAGGUCUCCAGCUCUUGAGGCGCUUUGAUAAAAAACCUGAAAGUGCGAGGGCACAGUUGCUCGAUGAAGAUGGUCCAGCUUAUGUUCAUCUGUUUGUUACCAUCUUGCGUGAUAUAUUCAAGGAGGAAACUGUGGAAUAUGUUUUGGCUUUGAUUUACGAAAUGCUCUCUGCUAACCCAACACGAGCUCGGUUAUUCCAUGAUGAAACUUUGGAACAUGAGGAUACUUACGAGCCUUUCUUGAGGUUGCUGUCGAAGGGAAACUGGUUUAUUCAAGAAAAAAGCUGCAAGAUCCUUGCCUGGAUAAUAAGUGCUAGGCCAAAAGCUGGUGUUAUUGCUAAUGGAGAAGCUUCGGGUUCUAAAAAACCUAUUACUACAAUCGAUGAUGUUCUCAACGGGUUGGUGGAGUGGCUUUGUGCUCAGUUGAGGCAACCUUCUCAUCCAACUCGUGGUGCUCCAAUUGCUAUCAGCUGCCUGUCGACACUGCUUAAGGAACCUGUUGUCAGAUCAUCGUUUGUUCAGGCAGAUGGGGUUAAGUUACUUGUCCCUCUUAUCUCACCUGCAUCCACUCAGCAGUCUAUCCAGCUUCUCUACGAAACAUGUCUGUGCAUCUGGCUUCUCUCCUACUUUGAACCCGCCAUAGAGUACUUGGCCACAUCUAGGACAAUGCAAAGGCUCACGGAAGUGGUUAAGAGCUCGACCAAGGAAAAGGUUGUCAGGGUGGUCAUAUUGACAUUCAGGAACUUGCUUCCAAAAGGUACAUUUGGUGCCCAGAUGGUUGAUCUUGGACUCCCACAUAUCAUCCACAGUCUGAAAACACAAGCAUGGAGUGACGAGGACUUGCUGGAUGCACUGAACCAACUAGAAGAAGGGCUAAAAGACAAGAUCAAGAAGCUGAGCUCCUUCGACAAAUACAAGCAAGAGGUUCUUCUUGGCCAUCUUGACUGGAACCCAAUGCACAAAGAAGCCAACUUCUGGCGUGAGAAUGUCACUUGCUUUGAGGAGAAUGACUUCCAGAUACUCAGGGUUCUCCUCACAAUCCUGGACACGUCAACUGAUCCAAGAUCAUUGGCGGUGGCAUGCUUUGAUAUCUCGCAGUUCAUACAGUACCACCCAGCGGGGAGAGUGAUCGUGACAGACCUCAAGGCGAAAGAGAGAGUGAUGAAACUGAUGAACCAUGAGAAUGCCGAGGUUACCAAGAACGCUCUCUUGUGCAUUCAGAGGCUUCUCCUUGGUGCUAAGUACGCCAGCUUCUUGCAAGCUUGAUGCGACUUGCAUGUUUCUUUCCAUAUAUACGGAAAGCAACCAAAACACAGACACAGUGUUUCCUUUUCUCCCUGUGGAUUUGUUGUUAAAACCUGCCCCAAACCCCUUCUACAUCACAAGACCAUCUCUUUAUUAUUUUGUCCUAAAGAAAGUGCUAUUAUACACUUGAAUAAUAGCUGCGUUGUUUUUUUUUUACCUUUUGUAUUUAUUUAUUCAAUAAAAAGGCCUCGAGGAAUGCUAUUGUUACAGACAGCAAUCUCGGGACUGUUUGUUGUAAGACUGAUGUGAAUGUUCCAGUGUAAUGCGGAUGAUGGUUGCAUUCUCUGCUAAUGUGUUUACAACAUUGUUUCAGUUAUUAUCAAUAUCUUUCAGAA